UCGCCACGAACUCGCAGAUAUCGCUCAUCUCUAUCAGCUUUGAGCAAAAUUAGUAUCUUGUAUUGGCCAAACAGACAAGCGACCGAAGGCCUUUUUGUUGUCGUUUCUGGCAAUGAUUUAGGUCUUCAUCAAGUGUUAUUAAGCUAAGCAUAAAGUUUCACCCAUCGCUGGACAUGGAUAUCCUGGACAUCGAUGAGGCACUAAAGGAUGAUUCAUAUAUAUUUCUGGCGGAUAAGACCCACGACGAUGUCUCCAACAUAUUGCAGCAGUGGAAGACGAACAAUCAGCCGCCGUUGCAGCAAACGCACUUGCAGUACAACAACGAGGCCUUCAAACACAAUUCGAAAACCUUUACUCGCCCAAAGCGUAGGAAUCUGGAUUUCAGCCAAAAUGGAGCGGGAAAUGACAGCGGUGUUGGAACCGGGGCGGUCGCGAGUACCCCAGCAAUGCUCCAGCUGGAAAUUGGCGGUCUUGUCACGACGAAUAUGCACAAAUCCUUCCUGCAAGACACCUCACCGCCGUCUUCCAUCUGCUCCUCCAUGAACACUGAACGGAUGAACAACUCGCUAAUCACCUCAGCAGACUUUACGAACUUGAACUUCCUUCAAUCCACAAUUGGUCUUGAGCAGGAUCCAAACCUUACCACUACGCUUACCAACCAGUCAACUGAUAACAUGGGAAUCGGCGGCAGCAUAGGCGGAUAUACGCUCAGUGACAUGAUCCGGGAUCGGAAGGCGCUGGAGUCGCUGACCAUGUGUGAGGACGAUGGGACUCUUAUCAAAGACUCGCACAUCGGGCAAAUUGACGAAAUAUCGUUGACACUGAGCAAAACGGCUUCCGGCUGCAGCACAAUGGACAACAGCACAGACAGUAUGUCCAUUCCCCUGGCCGCAGAUCGAACGAUGCCCGUUGUAAUGCCGGCAGUUUGUCCUGCCCUACAGCGUACCAUGAUUUUGGGUGAGGAGAUGAUCGGGGACACCACUUUUAACCUCGUGGAUAGCCUUACAACUUCUGCGCUGCAAUCGGAGUCUGAGUCUCUGCCAGUAGAUGGAAAUGCGACAUUCAAAAGACCCACUGCGAGUGCUACUACAGCAGAUGAGACCCAGGUGCUAACAGGUAGACAGAUGAAUACUACCUUCACCGACGGUUGCAACACUCCUGAGGGCCGCUGUGAAACGCCCGAAAAUAUUGACAGGAAGCUGGCCUUGCUCACCAUGGAAUCCUCCACACCACUUACAACAAACAUGCGCUCCCACUGCUACCACAAUAACAACAAUAAUAACAAGGCAGGAUAUACACCUACCCUAAAGGGAAGGGGGGAUAUGAACCUGUCUCCAAUUGUUGGCGCCACACCGCAAAAACCUACUGGCACAGCACCAGGGCGAUUAAACAACACUUUUGAGCCCGUGGCAAAAACAGCUCCGUUCAACGGCGAGAAGUUCGUGCUGGACACCAUGGAGCUCUUGGAGCAGAUCGAACAGCCGCUGGAUGGCACUUACAACCUGCAAAUGUCUGAACAGCACAGGCAGAUGCAAUGCGUCAUGGACUUGGCUGAGGCGGAAGUGGAGAUGCUGGCCCAGCAAGGCGACGAAGAGCAAUUCGAGAACAUGCUUGCCGAGCUGGGCAAGGUGAAUACGCUAAACGAGGAGCAACUGAAGAUGCAAAAGUCUCUAGACACCAUCAAACGGCGCUUCCAUAGAGAUGAGGCAGAGGCAGAGGAGCGUGAAGAGGAAUUGCCGCAGUCGGCAGCCGAAAAGGUGGACACCCCAGUUCUAAAUCAGAGCCACUCCAGCAGCAACAGCAGCGGCGGUGGUGGCGAACGGCUGCUCAGUCGCCGAAGUCGUCUCUAUGACGAUGUCAACCUUAGUGCAAUGCACGGCAGUAAUGGAAGUUCGACCAGCACCAACUCUGCCUCAUUCAUCGUCCAGCGUAGAGAUAUGCCACAAGUGGAGCAGCCUGCACCAGAUCCUGAUCCCGAACCAGCGGAAGAGCCUCCAAAGUCCCAGGUGGCAGCAGAGACUGAUCCGUCAAGCUAUAAGCUGCCGGAGCGAAGAGAGCGGGAUCGCGAUCGCUUCAAGACCAUUAAGAUUUCGAAAGAAAUGCGACUGCAGCAGGAGAUUAUUGUGCCUUGUAUAGACGAUGAACCACAGCAAGUCGAGGACGAGCAAAAGCAAUUAUUAGAAGAUGUUCGGUACGAGGAGGAUCAGCGACAGGGUUCACCACCGGGUCGACUUUCUCGUCGAGAUCAGACCACAACACUUGGCAACAACACAGAUGCUAGUGCGAGUAACUAUCUGACCUACAAAAAACCCAAGGAAAAGAGCCUUAUCCAACGACGUCCGCAGCAGCAGGAAGCGCCUAUACCAGCCGAGCCAGCGCCGGCGUCGACUCUUCCCCAACCGCGUUCCUUGUCCAGGCCCCGCUACAUCAGUGGUCUGCAGAAGUUUACUACGGUAAGCAAGGCAACUUCAGCUGGAGCGGGAUUAAACGCCACUCCAGCCGCUGCUAUGCCGACUACUGUUACAGUGCCGGCCAACGGUAACGGGGAGCUGAAGAGCCCGAUGGGUAUUAAGUCCAAAUCGUUCCACAAUUUGUCCUCCACGAUGAGCGGCGUUGGCUCUGGAGCCCUGCCAAGACCUAGUUUGGGUGGUGGACUGCGGCGCCCCAGUGCGCAGCCCAGCAAGCUUAUGAGCGGAUUGCGUGGACCAACUCAAGCCCAAGAGGAUGACUCCGCUGUAUUUAAAGUACCCAAAUUGGUGAGUGGGCUGCGUGCUCCUGGCCUUGCCCCGAAACGAGUAGGAGCUAAUGGUUUAGCUCGACCCUCGUCCGGAUAUUACAGUCUGAGUGUUAAGACGGCACCAGAGGCAGACACUCCUGAGAGCCUCUCCUCAGCUUCUUCGCGUGGCAGCCUCUAUGGCCACAAGGACACCGGUAGAACCGUCAACGGCGGAAAUGUUCCUCAACAGAAUCCACAGCAAACCUUCGACAUGCAGGCGCUCACCUCUAAGCUGACCCAAGUGACCACGGGAGCGACCGGCAUACCAAAGCCCUCGGGGUUGAGACCACCAUCGCAAAUAAAGCGUAGCGGUCUGCCGCGACCUUCCAGCAUUGUGAGGCGCUGAGAGCUGAUCACUUUCACCGCCGCCGAUUGUAUGCAUAUGUCACAUCCCCGCCUGAACCGACUUUCCAUGUUAUCAGUAAAAUAGUGUAUUCUUUUUGUACUUUGUGUUUAGCUCUAUUUUUGUGUUUGUCAUCCCAGCAUAGAUGCUCAUCUUGCCUAGUGAUUUCAAGGCACUAGCAACUAUGAUUUUGAAUUAAUAUUACGACAAAUUGUGCAUUUAGUUGAACGAUACAGAAAUAGAGAACUUGGCGACUUGUAAAACAAUUACGCACUCCCAGAACCGCAUACAUUUAUAUAUAGAACAAAUACAUCAACACGAACUUUGCCUUACGAACCAUAAUAAUAAAACAAACGAUUUAGGGGAAGAGAAAGAGAAGAUUUAAGCGAGAAAUAAUAACGAUAAUGAAUUGAUAAUAACUGUAUAUUUUUGUAAAGCGAUGCAAAAAUUCUACGAACGUUAUUUUUUGUUGACGCACGGAGUGAAGCGGCAAAGCAAGCAAGCAAAUCGAAUAAAUAUUACUAAAUAACGAAUAUACAAUAAGAUCCUGCUCAGUGGCCACUAAACCACAAAAAAAAGGAACGUAUGAAACCAAACUAAAAUUGAUAGUAACUGAUAAGAGUAUUGAGAAACGUGUUAAAAAUCGAACUUACAAUAUUAUCUAUUAUUAUCGCAUAUAUAUACAAAUACAAAAAAAAAUAAACGAUAGCAAUAUACAUUGACUCAUCAGAUACUUAGACCAGAAGGUUAAUGACCUGUUUAUAUUUUGCUAUUGCUAGUUCUGAAACGAAAAUGAUCAUACUUGUAAUUUCAUGAGGUGCACAGUAUAUUACAAUUCCCUUUGUAUCCUAAUGAAAAUUAUAAACUUCGGCUCUGCUGAUGUGCUAUAUACAUACAUAUUAUAUAGAUUUUUGUAAACCAUCUGAAAAAUUCAGUUUUCAGUUAUUUUCGGUUGCCAAAUUGAAAAGUGAAUCUAAACUUUUGUUAGUUACCAUCGAAAAAUGUCUUAAUAAAUCUAUGCCGUAUUGGUCAAAAAUGAAAUCCUAAAGAUCUUCAAUCUAUUGAAGUCUUUGUCCAUCACACAUGCAUAUCCUAAGUUAAGUUUAGUACGCAUUGUUUAACCCUAGUUAUUAGAAUUAGUUUAAUCUGUAAGCACCCUUCUAUAGGGACAAGUAUUGUUUCACCCUCAUCAACUAACCAAUAACCAUAUAACUAACCCAAACCAAGCCUCUAUUUUGUAUCCUAGCGCUAACCCAUUAAGCUUUAAUCCUAUUCGGUGAUGAUUUGCAUGGAUCGAAUUUAGUUAGCUACUAAGACUAGUAUGGAUUAUAAUUUUUGCUAACGCUUUCAUAUGAGCCUUACAAUGCAUCGGGUCAGAUCCGUGUGGUUUUCCCAGUAUCAAGUUAAGAAAGAAACCGUUCCAGCAAGUCUCUUUUUUGACCAAGCCAGACUUUCAAAAAUAAAACCCAAGAGAUUUGUGCUAAACAUUA